AUGAGUGAGAAGCAGUAUAACCCGAAAGAUCGCAUAAAAAAUCAUCUAAAACGCAAGUCAAGCAGUCGGACACUGUUCAGCCCCUCCGUAUCGUCGCCGGCAGUGAAUUUCGAGAAUUUGGAGAGGGAAAAUAACACAGAAAGUUGUCCAGCGCCUCUGAAUCCUUUUAAAAUCCAAUCCCCACAAAAAAAGCGUCGCGCCCACCAAGUCACAUUUUCCGAUGAUUCUGAGAACGCCAACGACUCGUUUGGUGCCAAUAUUCGAAAACCGCUCUCCCCGCAAAAAACGCCGACAAAAGGCGUCAGAUCGUCGCCAAGGAAGAAAAAGAACACACAGUUGGAGAGAUUCACCAGUUUUGAUCCGACGCUCCUUCAAGAAUUCCACGCUGUCGACUUCUCCCAACUGCUUCCCACCGCUAGUAUCCCCCUAAAACCCGCCGAACCAGUGCAAGAAUCCACUCCAGACCUGCCAAUCGAUCUCCGACUCGGCGGGAAACUCCGUUUAGUGUCAAAAGUGCCGUUUCCGUGGAUGAAUACACGGAAAUCGACGGGAAUCGUGUCGGUGAGAAUACCGGCGAUCGAUCGAUACGAAGGGGUACGGUAUUUUAAUCGGAUGUAUAUCAGUGGACAAGAGGAUCCGACCGCCUAUCUGCCAUCAUCCACGUUGUCACUUCUGGAAGCCGCUACACUUUACUAUCAGUUUCCAGUGAUUCCUGGAAUGGCGAUGUAUCCGAGAAUCACUUCGGAAAUAAGAAAUGUGACACGUGUCCCAUUGGCUCAACCGACAACGAAUACAAUGUUCAAUCAAUGGGUCGAAUGCUACGAACAACUAUUCAUGUCGUACAAAAAAGGAGAACGUGAUCACUUCUACGUCGCGUCGGCCGUCUUCAACGUACUCUUCACCAAAACUACAGUAACCGACGACUCGGAUGACGUCACCGGAAGCGUUUGUGCCGAUGAGACGUCCCAAUCGUGUUUUAAGGCGUUUAGUGGACAGAAGUUGGUGGCAUUGGUGUCUUAUACGAAUUCGGCGACUCGAGAGCAUUUGAGGAGUCAGGGUGUCGAUUAUGAAGUAAUUGGUGCUCCGCCGAAAUCGAACCUAAAACGAUCGUCAAGUCAAUUUCUUCUGAAUCAGAAUACGUCUACACUUGAUUGUCUCAUGUCGACUGCUGAAUCCCGAGAGAAUUCAAUGAUGGGAUCGAUCGAUAUGGAAAAAUCUGAAAAAUCUGCUGAAAAUUCGCUGAAAAGUCCAGAAAAACGAGAGGAGAGUAGUGAUGAGAAUGAUAGUCCAACGAAAGCCAAUCAGGAAUGGCUCAAUGAUAUUGGAGUGUCGCCGAGACAUGUUAAGGGCAACGCGAGGAGAAAACUCUCGACCCAACUAUCGAAAAACGAAGGAGGAAUCUCGUGUCUUCUGGUUCGUGGCGCCGCCGUCCAAUCCCUUUACAACACUUUGAUGUCAUCGGAUAUCGUUCACGAGAAGACGGGUCCAUUCACCAAAAUCCCGCCGACACUCAUCGCCACGUCACCAUUUUUAUAUGGACAGCUUAUUAGUAUGAAUAAAUCGUCACAAAUCAUCUCGAAAGCCGGCUCAAAAUGCUCGGAAUACGUGUUGGAGUUGGAUGGGGGACCCGUAUUGCCACACUGCACAAAAAUGAUCACAAAAUUCGUUCGCUCCGCCCAUCUUUGCCGUAAAGAAGAAGAGAAAACGGUACAACUACAAGUCACCGAACGUCAUUCGAAUCAAGGAAUGUCCGAUUGGACUACAAGGACUACAAACUGGAAUACGGUAUCGAUUGAGGAGGAUUGUGUGAAAUGGACACCGAUUCAGAAGAAUUAG